CUCACCCAACCUCACACUGACAAUCACUUUCUGUACCUGUAAACUGAUUGGCUCACAGACACAUUCAAAGCUCUACAAUGGCAAUCCCAGCUCCACCAAUCAGCUCACUCUCUUUCCCCAAACUCAACACAGACACCCCAAAAACACACACCACACACUCACCUUACCCACUCUCUCUCCUACCCAAAUGCACCUCGCUCAAAGAACUCAAGCAAAUCCAAGCCCAUGCCAUUAAAUCCCACCUCCAAAAUGGGUUCAUCCUCAUAAAGCUCAUCAAUUUUUGCACUUUGAACCCCACAGCCUCAUUCAUGGAUCAUGCCCGCCACUUGUUCGAUCAAAUUCCCCACCCAGAUAUUUUACUCUUCAACCACAUGGCCCGUGGCUAUGCCCGAACCAGCACCCCAAUUCAGGCCGUGGCACUCUUCAGCCAAAUUCGGUGUUUCAGCCUCGUGCCUGAUGAUUAUACCUUCCCGUCUCUCCUCAAGGCGUGCGCUGCCUCUGAAGCUUUAGAGGAAGGCAAGCAAUUGCAUUGCCUUGCUAUUAAACAGAGUCAGAGCGACAACAUAUAUGUAUAUCCUACUCUUAUAAGCAUGUACACUGGGUGCAGUGACAUGGAUUCAGCUCGUCGGGUGUUUGAUAGGAUAUUGGAACCCUGUGUUGUAACUUAUAACUCGAUAAUAACUGGUUAUGCUCGGUGUAGUCAGCCGAAUGAGGCCUUGUCAUUGUUCCGAGAACUGCAAGCAAGUGAUCUCAAGCCUACUGAUGUUACAAUGCUUUCCAUUAUUUCCUCUUGCGCUUUGUUAGGAGCAUUGGACUUGGGGAAGUGGAUACAUGAUUAUGUUAGGCAAAAUGGGUUUGAUCAGUAUGUUAAGGUGAACACUGCACUCAUAGAUAUGUAUGCCAAGUGUGGGAGUUUGGAUGAUGCAGUUUCAGUUUUUGAGUGCAUGGCUUUUAGAGAUACGCCGGCAUGGUCAGCGAUGAUUAUGGCUUAUGCGAUUCACGGACAUGGCCACAAAGCCAUAUCUAUGUUUGAAGAAAUGAGAAGGGCUCGAGUUCAACCCGAUGAAAUUACAAUUUUGGGAUAUUUAUAUGCAUGCAGUCAUGCCGGGUUAGUAGAGGAAGGUUGCAGGUGUUUCUAUAGUAUGAGAAAUAUAUAUGGGAUUAUUCCUAGGAUGAAGCACUAUGGGUGUAUGGUGGAUAUGUUAGGUCGAGCAGGGCGCUUAGUUGAUGCUUAUCAUUUCAUAGAGGAACUACCAAUUAAGCCCACAGCAAUACUCUGGAGAACCUUGUUAUCGGCAUGUAGUAGCCAUGGCAAUUUAGAAUUGGGGAAUCGGGUUAUGGAGCGAAUUUUUGAACUAGAUGAUUCUCAUGGUGGGGACUAUGUGAUCUUCUCGAACAUGUGUGCAAGAGUGGGGAGAUGGGAAGAUGUGAAUUACAUCAGAAAACUGAUGAAAACUAAAGGGGUGACAAAGGUACCUGGGUGCAGCUCGGUAGAGGUGAACAAUGUAGUACAUGAAUUCUUCUCUGGUGAUGGGACGCAUAUUGAGUACAGGAAGCUUCACCAGGCAGUUGAUGAUUUGUUUGAAAAAUUGAAGUUGGGUGGAUAUGUUCCUGAUACUUUUCUAGUAUCUCAUGCGGACAUGAAAGAUGUUGAGAAAGAAGCUACUCUAAGAUAUCAUAGCGAGAAAUUGGCCAUUGCUUUUGGCCUCCUAAACACUCCUCCUGGAACAACAAUUCGUGUUGUGAAAAACAUACGAAUCUGUGGGGACUGUCACUGUGCUGCUAAGCUCAUAUCAGCCAUAUUUAAAAGACAAAUAAUUCUCAGAGAUGUACAACGGUUCCAUCAUUUCAGAGACGGGAACUGCUCUUGUGGGGAUUACUGGUAGUUGAAUUGAUUGGAAACAUAGUUA